AUGGGUUCUGACUUAAUCUAUAAUAGUCUCCAAGAUCGUUAUGGUGAAUUGGCUGAUCGAUCUUCUACUAGCAAGCAGAAAACCGAGCAAGAUAUCGCCCAAGCAUUCGGCUACGAUGCUGUAGAGCUGAGCUCAAUCCCCCAAGCUGCAAACCUCGGAGUAAGCUGCGGGAAUCCUGUGGCCCUUGCCAACUUACGCGAGGGCGAAACAGUAAUUGAUCUGGGUAGUGGUGGUGGCAUCGACGUUCUGUUAGCAGCCAAGGAAGUCGGACCCAAUGGGAAAGCCAUUGGUGUGGACAUGACCAAGAACAUGCUUAAGCUCGCUCGCAAAAAUGCGGAGACAGCGGGUGUCUCCAACGCGUCCUUCAUCGAGGCAUCUAUCACGUCUAUCCCUCUGCCAGACGCCAUUGCCGACUGCAUCAUCAGCAACUGUGUGAUCAACCUCGUUCCUACAGUUGACAAGCAUCUUGUGUUCAACGAGAUGUUCCGCCUGCUGGGACCCGGAGGUCGUCUUGUUAUCAGUGAUAUUCUAACUCGAAAGGAGCUCCCCCAGGAAGUGGUGAACAGUCUAUCAUUCUACGUUGGGUGCAUUUCUGGGGCCAGUCGAGUUCAUGAAUAUGAGAAGUAUCUCUCUGAGGCGGGGUUCAAAGGUGUCCUGAUCGUCGAUACGCACAGUGACAUCAACGUUUACAAAGGUUUGGUUCAAGAACAAAUGGACCUCGGAGAGACGAGCGACCAGUUGGAAUCUUCUUCGUGCUGUGGGGGGACACAAGCAAAGAACGCGAACGGAAAAGAUUUGCUAGAAUGUGACUUUAAUGAAUGGGCUGGCUCGUUUCAAAUUUAUGCAGUUAAGCAGUAG